AUGCAAUUGAAAUGUCUUCAAAGAUUGAAAUCCAUAGCUUUUGAAAACGAAACGAAUAAAAUAUGCAUGGAGAAAGCAGGAACGGCAGAAUUCUUAGCUUCCUUGAUAAUUGUUAAGAAAAUCAUGGUAGAAUCUUCAAUUGAAGAAUCAGAAGAUUUAUCUGAAUUGGCAAGAAUCAGAGAUGAAGCUUUAAGCAUUCUUCGUGGGAGCUAUGAAUCUCGAGCUUAUGCUGUUAUGCUACUGAAAUCCAUGUUUGAAGUAGCUGAUGAUCCAACAGAGCUAACCAUCUUAAAACCCGAAUUCUUCAUCGAAUUAGUCCAAAUCUGGAAGGAUAAGAUUUCUCAAAAAGCCUCAAAUUCCUCUCUAAAAAUUCUUACCAUUGUCGUCCAUGGGGAAGAAACAAGAUCAAAGCGGUGGAAGCAGGAGCAGUUUCUUCGUUAA